UUGUGGGCCAAGUAUGUAGCGGUGGCGCUGACCGCCGCAUCUCCCAUCGGCGAGGAACUGAUUUCCAUACCGCUGGGCGUGGGACUGGGAUUGGAGCCGGCGCUGGUCGCCGUGGUUUCCGUGGUGUUCAACAUGCUGCCGGCGGUGGUGAUUUCGGCGCUUUUUCGGCGUGCGGAGCGCGGGACGGGGGUAUUGAGGGCAACGCUGCGCCUGCGCCCCGAGCCGGUUCGGUCGGCGGUCCGCUGGAUGCUGCGGCGGCGCAGCCAACGACUGUUGCGGGCGCUGGACCGUUGGGGAGUGUGGGGUGUGCUGGUCGUCACGCCGUGGGCCGGAGUGUAUGUUACCACGCUGACUUUGGAGGUGGCCGGGAUGAACCGGGGCCGGCUGUUGGCAUCGGUCGCCGCAAGCCUGAGUAUACAUGGAGCCAUCGCUACGCUGGCGUCGGUAGGGGUUUUCAGCCUGGUGUAA